AUGAAAUUUGCUAAAGGUCUUUACGUGUGCGGUCUAGUUUCGAGUGUUAGCUGUUUACCAGCUGUACAUGACUCUAGAUCUUCGCAGUCUGUAGCCAAGAUCGGAUUUAACAAAGUAUAUGGUAAAAGUUUCUCCGAAGCUACAGCUGAUCGUAAAUAUGUCAAUUUAUUUCGCAAUAAAAACAUCAGUGAUGAUAAUGACGAGGUAGCACUUCAGAAUAAUGCCAACACUUAUUACAGCGUUAACAUUUCUUUAGGGACACCUGGUCAAAAUAUGACUAUACAAUUAGACACCGGUUCUUCAGAUUUAUGGGUUAUUAAACCUGGUGGAUUACAGUGUACUGAUAAUGACACGAACUUAUUCAAGAAGCGCUCAGAGAAUGAUAAUGACAAUGAUGCUAUUUCCUCUUUUAUUAGCCAAUUGGAAAGUUAUGAAGGAUCCUUCAGCACUCUGUUUGGACCGGGACCAGGAUCCGUUGGAACUCCAACCGGAACUAUCUCUAGUUCAAUGCCGGCUCCAACUGGUAAUGGAUCUUAUGAUGGUGGUGACAGUGACAGUGACGGCAGUAAUAACUGCAAUGCAACUGCAUUUUUCGAAGCUGAUAAUUCAAAGACUUUCCACAGAAACCGUACAGACCCUUACUACAUCCAGUAUGAGGAUCUUUCGUAUGCAAGUGGGUAUUGGGGUACAGACGAUUUACAAUUAGGUGAUUUACAAGUCCAUAACGUCUCGUUUGCUGUCGCUAACGAUACUAACUCUACAACACCUGUUUUUGGAAUUGGUUUCCCGGGCGGUGAGAGUUCGUUUGCAUCUGUUGGACCCGAAUACAGAGCUGCUCACCCACACGAAUAUGCAAAUUUCCCACAAACACUCAAAAAUCAAGGAAUAAUCCAACGGGUAGCAUACUCACUAUAUCUAAAUUCUCCGAAUUCGACCUAUGGUAAUGUGCUCUUUGGGGGUGUUGACCAUUCGCAAUACCAGGGACAGUUAUACACUUUACCUAUUUUGCAACUAGGUAACUUAACAAGUGAUGGUGAUCCAUACAAUACGCUAGCAAUUACUUUACAGGGCGUUUCUGUCACCAGACGUGGUUCUAAGCACAAAGUUAAAACCAAGCCUAUUCCGGUAGUCCUAGAUUCGGGAACGACGGCCAUGUACUUGCCAUAUAAGCUUGCAAAGUCAAUUGCCUCUCGGUACCACGGUAUACUUGGUCCUGAAGAUCAGGGAUACAUUAUAGAUUGCCCCAAAAGUGGUGACAAUGAUUAUAUUACUUUCGACUUUGGCGGUGUCACCAUCAAAACAGACAUCAGAAACUACAUUUUUGAGCAAUCGGAAAAUAAAUGUUUACUGGGCAUUAUCCCCAAUAGCGAUAUUUUAGCUGUUUUCGGUGACGUCUUCCUAACCGAUGCCUACGUUGUCUACGAUUUGGAAGGAAAAGAGAUCUCCCUAGCUCAAGCAUCUUUUAAUUCUUCAAGCGAACAGAUCGAAGCAAUUACCUCAUCUGGAGUGCCAGGUGCUAAAAGGGCACCUGGUUACUCAAAGACCUGGAAAGUUGUGCAUUCAUCUCAGGCAUCUGCACUUCACUAA